CACGCGCGCGCACAAAAACACAGAGAGACUCCAUGGCUGCCGAAGUUCCAGCUUUCCUGCUCAAGCAGAAGCUUCAAAAUCUGCGAGAUGACGAAACGAUCAUCUAUCCGAGGCUCAAACAUAAGAUCAACUCCUCCAUCGUCGCUCUGCAACAGCUGCUGAGCUCCUCCGACGGCACAGACGUCACCAACUCUAUGGCCUUGCCCUUCAUAUACAGUGCCGAAGACGUCGUCGACACGUACCUCCUGAAAAGAAUGCAACAGCGACGCAAAGACUUCCUGAAGACACACCAUUUGUUCCAGUACUUGGCUCCUCUAUGGAGCCAAAAGGACUUGGGCAAAGGGUUGAAUAAGUUCUUGAACGAUCUCAAGGCCUUGCCUUCUCAUUCUUCUGAGAAGAACAAUCAAGAAAGCAGAGUUCUUGGCAAGACCCAAGAAAAGGAUCGCUGUUUAGUGAAUACAGGGCGGUUUCGUCGCUGGGAUUCGGUUGCUCAUCUUUUGGACAAGGACUCAAACAUCGUUGGUCGGGUAUCAGACAUGGCCCAGAUGGUCUAUCAGUUAAUGGGCCCACAAGAAGAAGAAGCUUUGAGAGUCGUUUCCGUUGUCGGACCAGGAGGCUCAGGUAAGACCACGAUGGUGAGACGUGUUUAUAACAGGGUGGAUGUGAAGAGGCACUUCGGUUGCUGUGCUUGGGUCUGUGUGCCCAGAGAACUUGUGUACAGGAAUGUUGUUAUGAGCAUAAUAGAACAGGUUAGCAUAAACAGGUUGAAUGAUGUGGACCACAUGAAUGAUGAUGUUCUUAGUGAUAUGCUUUUCAAGGAGCUGAUUAAUAGGAGGUAUUUGAUUGUUUUGGAUAAUGUUUGGGAUGCCGAGGCCUGGCACAGGUUGACAAUUCCAUUUCCGGACUCAAAAAAGGGUAGCAGAGUGAUUCUCAUUUCUCGUGAUGAUAAAGUGGUGAAAUUGGCCGAUCCAUGGAACCUCCCGAUGCAUAUCUGCAGGUUAACUAACGAGAACAGAUGGGAAUUGCUGUUGAAGCAAAUGAAGGAACAGGAAGGUGGCCUGACUGAGCACAAGGACGAGAUCAUGGCAAAGCUCUGUCAUGGUUCACCUCUGGGAAUUCUUCUUUUAGGGGGGAUUCUUUUGAACACAGAACCAAGUGAAUGGUCCAGAAAAAUAGACAAAUUCCCAUCUUCUUGCGAAGACGAAUCAUCCUUGCCGGACAUCUUGGCCUUGAGCUACCAAGAACUACCUCCUGAAUUGAGGGCGUGCUUUCUUUAUAUGGGUAUCUUUCCAAUAGCAUCUGAGGUAUCCGUGCGGAGGUUAUUGUGGUUAUGGAUUUCCGAGGGUUUCCUCGAUGGAUUGCUGGGCAAAGAAAGAAAGAAGUGGGAACCCGAAGAUCUCGCAGAGUUUUACUUCCAAACACUGGUUAAUAGAAACUUGAUCGAGGUCACGGAGUGGAAAUUAGAUGGAUGCCCAAAAAUGUGUCGAAUGCCGGGAGUGAUACAUGAAUUUUUCUUUCCAAGAUCGGUGGAUUCAGGUCUUUUCCACGUUCGAGAGAACUCAAGCUUUAGGAUGUGCAGACCCCCUGAAAACUAUAAAAUUCGGCGCCUCGUGGAGUAUUCAAGAAUAAAAAACUCCCUGGAUUCUUUCCAUGAUCACAGGCUCCGCUCUUAUGUAUCUUUCAUCUCCGCAUCAAGGGGCAUGGCCAAUAGAGAGAUAGGUAUGUUUCUCAAGAAUGUUAUUAACAAAGGAGGCUUUGGAUUGUUGAAGGUUCUUGACCUAGAAGGCGUGUACAAGCCCAUGCUUCCUAAGUCGAUGUGUAAUCUGCUGCUUCUACGGUUCUUGAGCUUAAGGUCAACUGUACUGGAUUCAAUCCCGUCUGCCAUCGGCAAUCUCCCAUGCUUGGAAACUCUGGAUUUGAAGCACACUAAUGUCACCACUAUCCCAAGUUCCAUUUGGAAGGCGAAGAACCUCCGGCAUUUAUACAUGAACGGGGUACGCAUUGAUGCAUUUUCCCGUAAGGCAUCAAAGGGGUCUCUGACUAACCUCCUUUCAUUGAGGGGGCUCUAUGUAGGUGACAAAAAGGCCGUGGUCAACAGACUAGAUCGAUUAGUGAACCUCCAGAAACUGGGGCUCACCUGCCACGGAAACUCUUUGAAAGCAGUAGCUAAGUGGAUCGAGCAGCUGUCUAAUCUUCAAUCUUUGAAGCUGAGAUCGACAGAGAAGUUUGGUGAACCAUCAAAUCUAGAGGUGAUAUCCAUGGCUCAGCAUCGCAACCUAUGCAAUUUGUAUUUGCUUGGUUCGCUGCCCAUCCCCGCCAACCAGCUCUCGGGAGUGCUCCCAUCAUGCCUCAGGAAACUCACUUUGUCCAUGUUAAAUCUGGAGGAAGAUCCGAUGCCAGUGCUGGGCCAGUUGCACGAUCUGAGCUUCCUUAGGCUAUUUGCAAAUUCCUAUGUGGGACCUCAGAUGACAUGUGUUAGUGGCGGAUUCCCUAAGCUACGCAUGUUGAAACUCUGGAUGCUUGGCAAACUUGAGCACUGGACCGUGCAGGAGGGGGCUAUGCCCCUCCUUCAAGAACUAGAAAUCAGGCGAUGCAUCCAAUUGAAUAGUCUAGAUGGACUUGAGCAUUUGCGAAGCCUGAAAGAAUUUGUUUUAACCGGUAUGUUGCAGGGUUUUGUAGAGAAACUCGGGAGGAGCAGUUCGGAUAAAGUGUUUGUCACAGUAAAUGAAUGGAAAUUCUCUCAUCAUCAGGGUAAAUGAAUCAUCAAGGAAUCAAAUGUUCAAGAUGAAACACAUAGUAUGCAGUCAUAAAUGUCCGUCUCUUAGCAAAAAGCAUGCAGUAUGAGGCUAAGGAGCUAAGUUUCCAGAGCUGUUCACUUCCAAGAUUUGGCCCUAUCUUAUGAAGAAUCUUCCUACCUAAGGAGAUUACGACAGUGGCGAGAACGUGGUGCGAGUGCCGUGUGAGUAAGUGUGCCGGGGUGGGCUUGAGAAUCGAGUUUGUUAGUGAUUUGUAUAGGGUGAACUCAAUUAAGAGUGUGUCAUUGUA